AUGUGGCCGUAUAUUUGUCGGUAUUUUCUGUUCAUAUUCUUAUGUAGUCAUCAGACAACAACCCAGAAUGUCCCAUUUGACACUAUUGUAAGUUUUGGCGAUUCACUUACUGAUACAGGCAACGUUUAUAAUUUAACAUCUCAUACAUGGCCUAUUGUACCACCAUAUUUUGAAGGUAGAUUUUCAAAUGGCCCUGUUUGGAUAGAGAAAUUAGGUAUAUCGAUUAUAAAAAAUUAUGCACAUGGCGGUGCAACAACGGAUAAUGAUUUCAUACAGGGCUAUACUGCAUCUGACACAGUGCCUGUACCUGGUAUUCGUCAACAGAUAAACAUUUAUGUGAAAGAAACUAACACAGUUACUUUGAAUUUCGUCCGUACACUUUAUGUUAUAUGGGGUGGCGCUAAUGAUUAUUAUUUCAAUAAAACAAUUAGUCCAUCAGUAGUUGCUGCUAACAUUUUAAAUGGUGUUAAAGAUUUACUCACUAUUGGUGCUAAACAUAUUCUUAUUAUGAAUCAUUUACCUGUUCAAGUGAUGCCAUUUGUUCAGACAGAUCAAGAAUUUAUUUACUAUAGAAAACGCACUAUCUUUCAUAAUAAUAAUCUUUCGGUUGACAUUGCAAAACUUGAUUAUGAUCGCAAAAAAAGUGCUUUAUAUUUAUUCGAUAUUUAUUCAUUUAUUUUGAAAAUUACUGAUAAUCAUAAGAAUUAUUCUUUGAAUAUAAAAGACAAUUGCUGGAAUGUAUUAAAUGGUAAUGUCAGUAUUUUAUGUUCAAAUCCACAACGAUAUGUUUAUAUUGACCAAUAUCAUUUUACAACACGAAUUCAUGAAUUAAUUGGUGAUGCUGUACAUAAAUUUCUCUUCACUUCAUUUGGUGUCACUAAACAUUCGUAUUCUGUUAGUAACAUUGCAUACCUACAACUCUUUCUAAUAUUGUCAUUCUAUUCUCAUGAGAAAUCCUUCUUAUUUUUCAUUUGA